UCCCAGUCGGCCUCCAGGUCUUGAUUGCCUCCAGGUGUCGCCACAUCAAAUCUUUCCUUCUUAUCCAAUCCUCUCCAUACCAUAUCUAAGAGCGAGGAUCCACACACACAUUCACACUUCGUCUCCCAGUGCAACCUCUUCUUCAUACCCACUUCGCCACAACAACAUACCCAUCGCAUCUCAUACACCUCUACUCCACUUGCACAUCGGCCACUUGGCUCUCACUCAUACACACCAAUGACGUCCAAGGCCGAGAUUCCAAAGGAGGCCGGCAAGGCUCCGCUCAACUCAAGACCAUCCCUCGAGGGUCGUCGCAACUCUGGCUCCGAGGCACCCACUCUCCCUCCCGACAAUGCCUGUGACGAGCCCGCACCCGAGGCACCUGGGGGCGCAGGCAAGGGUGCCAUCGCUACCGAUCCCGACUCUGGCAAGGGUUUCGACAAGGUGUACGGAGUGAGGCCCAAGACUACAUGGCACCUUAAGCCAGCCAUGGAGCGCAACCUGUGGGAAUACAUCUGUGGUCUGGACAUUGGUCCUGACACUGCCUACCAGCGAAGGGAGGACGACUCUGAACUGCGUGGACCUCCACCUGUUCGACCGAUGUGGGAGGAGAAUCUCUUCAUCAUCUCCACUGGCUCUAUCCCUCUUCUGCUACACAGUGCUUGGAACUUUAUGAUGCCAGAGCACCCCAUGCACUGGGCUCCUGCUUGGAUGAUGUACCACCUCUCCUUUGUCUUCUUUGCCAAGUCGAUGAUCAAGCGGCUGCACCGCUUCAUGGCCGAGUACGGUUGCUUCGACGAGCAGAACAGAGGUCGAGACAUGGUCGAUGACAGGCACGUCAACCACCUCGGUCGAUCCAUCUUCAUCUACACCGUCUUCCGUACCAUGGGACCAUUCCUUCUCGCUUGGAGGGGUGAGAUGACCAACCCAUUCGAGGGUCUGUCUCUGAUGACACCACUGAAGAUGGCCUGGUGGGAGUGUGCACUGGACUACUGGUUCUACCUCUACCACCGCUCCACCCACGAGUUUGACUCCCUCUGGUUCAUCCACCGUCAACACCACGCCACCAAGCACCCAACUCCCAUUCUGUCCAUUCUGGCCGACGACAUUCAGGAGUGUCUAGAGAUCUUCAUCAUCCCCUUCCUAGCCACUGCCGUCUCCCCCAAGCUCUCCUUUGUGGAACUUCACUUCCUCGUAGUCUACACACUCUACGUUGAAGCAUUGGGCCACUCUGGUAUUCGAGCAGUUUGGAGACACCCCAUCCUUGGUCAUUUCCUACGACUGGCUAACAUGGAGCUGGCAGUAGAGGACCAUGACCUGCACCACCGAUUCGGAAAGAGUGGAAAGAACUACGGAAAGCAGACGAGGAUUUGGGAUAGGCUCUUUGGUACUGUUGGAGAGAGGAUCGAGACGCCCGUCUUCUAGACACAUAUAAGAUAGACGUACUCGCCCUUUCACUCCGUUCUACCUUUUGCCACAUCGCAUCCUCCUUAGCUUAGUCUUUGCAACCGUCUCCUCACCAUCACACCUCACCACACUACAUCCACCCUCUACAACUCUGACCAUCCUCGACGUUCAUACUAUGUUCUUGCUAAACGAUUCUGCUAUUUUCUAGUUUCGCCGCUCGCCGUUCCCUGUA